AUGACUCUCGUGAAAGACCUCCUGCAUCCCUCUCCCGAGGAGGAGAAGCAGAAACACAAGAAGAAGCACCUGGUGCAACGUCCGAACUCAUAUUUCAUGGACACAAAGUGCCUGGGGUGCUAUAAAAUCACCACUGUCUUCAGCCACGCACAAACAGUGGUUCUCUGUGUGGGAUGCUCCACUGUGCUCUGUCAGUCUACUGGAGGAAAGGCAAGACUUACAGAAGGAUGCUCCUUCAGACAGAAGCAGCACUAAUGAC